GUCCAAAAAACAAGAAAGUUGAAGCCAGUCAGUGGCACGCAUCGCUGACGUCCCACGAGAUCGAGCACGCAGCCUGAGCGCGAGAGCGCGCGGGCAACAGUUGGUUCUGGUGGUGUGACGUCACUGCCCGGGAUGCAAAGUAGGGGAGGCGGGGGAAGAGCGCGACUGCCAGGAAUAACAAUGCAGGAUAACAUCAGAUUUGCUUCAGCUGGUGAUGAUAUUAAAAUAUGGGACUCUUCAUCCAUGACUGUGCUGGAGCAGUUCAACCCACAUAGUACAUCACACCCUGUAUCAUCUUUGUGUUGGAGCAGUAACAAUCGCUUUCUGGUCACUGCUUCUGGCGGUGGUGAUAAAAUUGUUGUUUCAAGCUGUAAGUCUAAACCUGUUCCUCUUUUGGAGCUGGCAGAGGGGAAAAAGCAGACUUGUAUAAAUCUGUGCUCCAGCUCUCAUUAUGUGGUCAGUGGAGGCCUUGAUAAUACUGUGAACAUCUGGGAUUUAAAAUCUAAAAGACUUCAUCGAUCCUUGAAGGAUCACAAGGAUGAAGUAACUUCUGUGUUAUUCAACGGAAAUGACAGCUAUGUAGCCUCAGGUUCUAUGAGUGGGGAAAUUAUAUUGCAUAACGUAACUACCAAUUUAUGCAGCACACCGUUCGGUCACGGAAGCAGUCAGCCAAUUCGUCAUUUGAAAUACUCGUUUUUAAAGAAGUUUCUGCUUGGUUCAGUUUCUGACAGUGGUAGUGUGACACUCUGGGACGCUCACAGUCAGAAUCCAUUGCACGUGUUUGAUAAUGCGCACAAGGCCCCAGCAUCGGGCAUAUGUUUCUCUCCUGUAAAUGAUCUGCUGCUUGUGACUGUUGGAUUAGAUAAAAGAAUGAUCUGUUAUGAUGUGGCCAGCAAAAUUCUUCUGCAAACAAUAGUAGCUGAAUCGCCUUUGACUGCUGUAGACUUCAUGCCCGAUGGAGCAACCUUGGCAGCUGGCUCUUCACGCGGAAAGAUUUACCUUUAUGACUUAAGAAUGUUAAGUUCACCUCUUAAAACAGUCGCUGCUCAUAAGACUUCUGUACAGUGCGUUCAGUUUGAACACAGCAGCACCCACAAGCCUACCAAAAGUAAAUCAUCUUUGGUACCUUCAAAUGUGAACAAGAAGAUUCCAGGUAAACCAUCUGCUUUUACUGGCGGAAUACAUGCAACAAAAGAUUUGCCAUCCACUUUAACACCAUCAUCUGUGCCUCAGCCAGCCAUGACAGUGGAUAGUAGAGGUCUUGAAAUAAAUGAGGACAAAUUAGAUAUGCCACGUAGCACAAGUCUUGAUGUAAUCCCAUCAAAAGAAACCGAUUUAGUUAAAUCUUCAGAUAUGAAAUCAAUAGAUACAUUUGGGAGAAGUAGUUUAGGUGACAUAUUUUCUCCAGUCCGUGAUGAUGCAUUACACUUGAAAGGGAUGGAAGAGUGUCUCUCUAAAGGAAAUGAUCUGGAUUACCUCGCCCAGUUCACUACAAUACCUGCGACAAGGCGGCAUCCUGUUGGUGCAAAUUCCCAAGGAUUGCAUUCUUCUCCUUUGAACUUAAUUUUUGGAAGUCCAAUUAAAGAAGAAGAUGAAACCCAAGAUCUAGAUCUGAAAACAAGGAGGACACAAUUUAACAAACAAGAUGUUAAGGAAGGUGUAAAACAGCCUUCAAAAGCAUCAAGCGCUGAGCAAAUUAAUUUCAAAACCUCCCCUAUCCCCAUUUCACGGACGCAAGAAACAAUUGAAAGAACAGGAAAGCAAAUUCUAGCCCAAAUAAAACCAGAGUUUUCUGCAAAUGGCAUAAAAGUGACAAGUCCAAAGUUACCUACAUCAAUCAGUACAGAAGUUGCCUUUUCACUGUCAGAAAAAAUAGCUGAUUCGUUGGCUAGUGAUAAAACUGGAGCCCCUUUAACAUCUAUUCAAAUUAAUUUCAUCAAAAAUAUGAUUGAGGAAACACUUGAUGACUUCCGCGAAGCCUGUCACAGAGAUAUAGUCAAUUUACAAGUGGAGAUGAUAAAACAGUUUCACAUACAAUCGAGUGAAAUUCAGAUGUUACUCGAAAGAUACUCUGUAAAUGAAAAUUUAGUUGCAGAGAUUGAAAAACUGCGUGAAGAGAAUAAAAGGUUACGUGCUCACUUUUAAAAGAAUAUAAGUUUUGUAAUAUAAAAGGGAUAUUUUUAUAGGGGCUUUUCACCAUUGUUUUGAAUAUUAAUAAACACUGCUUUCUCAUA